AUGGCGAUCAACGAAGCAGAACGGCCAAGCCGAACUAGAUUAAGCCGAAAUAUUGAUGGCGCUCGUGAAGAGAAACUGCGAAGUUUAAAGGCGUCAAACUCAGCGUAUCGUGGGGCUAUUACUCGAGUUCAAAAACGGAUAGAACAGUUAAUGACUGAUAGAAGCAAUUAUGAAGAAGUUCAAGCCGAAAAAGCGUCGCUGGAUAAAACGUUUAUGAGUUAUUCAAAAUGCUGUCAAGACAUUAAAGAUUGUUUGUACGAGGACGAAGUCACUGAAUUCCGUGAGAUAGCGAAAGGAUAUACUAACGUUUGCAACGCAAAGGAACAUUUAGAUCGGAAGCUUGGAGAAUGGAUAGCAAUCGCUGAUGUUGAUUUAGAGACGAAUUUUAAAGAACGCUUUGAGCCAAGCGAAUUAACGACGUUUCGAGUGAAUGAACACGAAAGGUUAACAACAUUGAACGAAUUUGCAUACCCAAACAUGCGAAGUGAUGGUCAUGUAGCCUCGGAUAUCGACAGUCGGAGAUCAAGUUUGAAUCGUGUCUCGCCCGGUAUGACGGAAUUGCAAUAUUUCAAGUCAAGAAAUGAGAUGCCUGAAUCCCGACGCAAGGUGGGUAUGAUUCGAAGCACUCAAACAAGUGUAGCAUCUGAAAGUGCGAGUAUUAGAAGAGCGAAAGCUGAACUAGAAAAACAACGAU